UGUCGUAACCACGCACAGAUGCCCACGCUCAUGUCUAGUGUCAAGCGAAAAUACAAGCUAUCUUCUCAAAAUGACCAGUAUUUUGAAGGAAAAUUCGUUCGACUGCAGAGUGAGUUCAGUACUCAAUAAAGAAGUCAAGAGCUAUGGAAAGCAGUUCAUGUUCGAUGAGAGCGAGGAAACGUGCUGGAAUUCCGACUCAGGGAUUCCCCAAUGGAUUUUGAUCAAUCUACAAAGCGAAUGCGAAUUGUCAACAAUUGAAAUUCAGUUUCAAGGCGGAUUCGUCGGGAAAAACUGCCGCCUGGAGGCGAGAUUAGACGCAACAAGUUUAAAACACAUUCAGGAUUUUUAUCCCGAAGACACAAACAAAGUCCAACGGUUCACAUUGGAUAAUCCUGUCAGAGCCAGUGGAUUCAAAUUAAUUUUCGACAAAAGCACCGAUUUUUUCGGAAGGAUUAUUAUCUACAAACUAGCUCUGUAUUCCUGAAAUUGAAUAAACAAAUUAGUUUUUCAUUUUU